CAACCAAAUACAGCCAUCCAAACACGCCCUUAGAUCCAGGGUAACCCGAAUCCCGACGCAAAGAUCCACCACCACCACCACGCGCCGUCGCCUAUAAAAGCAGCCCCCCGGCAGCGCAGGCUUGCAGCAGCAAGCAUCGUUCGAGCCCCGAUCGAGCCGACGAGGCCCCAUCCCCAACCCCUCAUCCAUCGCUUGCUCUCUGCCCUCUGGGAGCUCGAGCCUCCUCGGUUGAAUUGUGAGUCGAGCUGCUGAGAAAGACAAGUGCGCGCGAGAUGGCCUCCGUCCUGCCGGAUACUGCGUCGGAUGGCAAGGCCUUGACGGACGCCUGGGACUACAAGGGCCGCCCCGCUAGCCGCGCCACCACCGGCGGCUGGGCGUGCGCCGCCAUGAUACUAGGCGCGGAGCUGUUCGAGCGGAUGACGACGCUGGGCAUCGCGGUGAACCUGGUGCCGUACAUGACCGGCACCAUGCACCUCGGCAAUGCCUCCGCCGCCAACACCGUCACCAACUUCAUCGGGGCUUCCUUCAUGCUCUGCCUCCUCGGCGGGUUCGUCGCCGACACCUACCUCGGCCGCUACCUCACCAUCGCCAUCUUCACCGCCGUCCAGGCCACGGGGGUGAUGAUCCUGACGAUCUCAACGGCCGCUCCCGGGCUGCGUCCGCCGGCGUGUGCGGACGCCAAGGGGGCGAGCCCCGACUGCGUGCCGGCGAACGGGACGCAGCUCGGGGUGCUAUACCUGGGUCUGUACCUGACGGCGCUGGGCACGGGCGGGCUCAAGUCCAGCGUGUCGGGCUUCGGCUCCGACCAGUUCGACGAGGCGCACGGCGGCGAGCGCAAGAGGAUGCUGCGCUUCUUCAACUGGUUCUACUUCUUCGUCAGCAUCGGCGCGCUGCUGGCCGUCACGGUGCUGGUGUACGUGCAGGACAACGUGGGCCGCCGCUGGGGCUACGGCAUCUGCGCCGUCGGCAUCCUGUGCGGGCUGGGCGUCUUCCUGCUGGGCACCCGGAGGUACCGGUUCAGGAAGCUGGUGGGGAGCCCGCUCACCCAGGUGGCCGCCGUGACGGCCGCCGCCUGGAGCAAGCGCGCGCUGCCGCUGCCGUCCGACCCGGACAUGCUCUACGACGUGGACGACGCGGCCGCCGCCGGCGCCGACGUCAAGGGGAAGGAGAAACUGCCCCACAGCAAGGAAUGCAGGUUCCUGGACCACGCGGCCAUCGUCGUCGUCGACGGCGGCGGCGAGUCGUCACCGGCGGCGAGCAAGUGGGCGCUGUGCACGCGGACGGACGUGGAGGAGGUGAAGCAGGUGGUGCGGAUGCUGCCCAUCUGGGCCACCACCAUCAUGUUCUGGACCAUCCACGCGCAGAUGACCACCUUCUCGGUGGCGCAGGCCGAGGUCAUGGACCGGGCCCUCGGCGGCGGCUCGGGCUUCCUCAUCCCCGCGGGCUCCCUCACCGUCUUCCUCAUCGGCUCCAUCCUGCUCACCGUGCCCGUCUACGACCGCCUCCUGGCGCCCCUCGCCCGCCGCCUCACGGGCAACCCGCACGGCCUCACCCCGCUGCAGCGCGUCUUCGUCGGCCUCCUCCUCUCCGUCGCCGGCAUGGCCGUGGCCGCGCUCGUCGAGCGCCACCGCCAGGUGGCCUCCGGCCACGGGGCCACGCUCACGGUGUUCCUGCUCAUGCCGCAGUUCGUGCUCGUCGGCGCGGGCGAGGCAUUCACGUACAUGGGCCAGCUCGCCUUCUUCCUGCGCGAGUGCCCCAAGGGCAUGAAGACCAUGAGCACGGGCCUGUUCCUCAGCACCUGCGCGCUCGGGUUCUUCUUCAGCACCCUGCUCGUCACCAUCGUGCACAAGGUCACGGCCCACGCCGGCCGUGACGGUUGGCUCGCCGACAACCUCGACGACGGGAGGCUCGACUACUUCUACUGGCUGCUCGCCGUCAUCAGCGCCAUCAACCUCGUCCUCUUCACGUUCGCCGCCAGGGGCUACGUCUAUAAGGAGAAGCGCCUGGCCGACGCCGGCAUCGAGCUCGCAGACGAGGAGUCUAUUGCCGUCGGCCACUGAUGCUGCUGCCAGUGCCACAACCCUGCAUGCAUGCGUCUUUCCUUCUCUUUUUUUUUUUAUAUAUGUUUUGAACUUUUGAUGACUUGUUUUGGCCUGAAAUCGGUGGGGCCGCCAAGGGGGGCCAUGCGUGAUGUAUUUUGGCACACGGUGUGACCCCGUCGUACAGACGCAGGUCGAGCUAAUUAACGUGUACCUAAGGGGUGAAACAAAUGUAGAUACAAAUAUACGGCCUAAUAAGUACGUACCUAAUAGUGGUAUACGUACGUUGUAUUCUGCUUCUUGAAAUGAAUGACAGCUAGCGUUGCUGCGCUUGUAUUACAUGAA